AUGAUAUUACCUCCAUCAGAUUAAAUACUUCAUUCAGUCCAAUCCAAAUCUUGGUUUAAUUCUCGAUGCCAAUCAAAAGUUAAAUUACAGUAUUUGAAGUCAUAACGUGAAAUUAUGAAUGAUAAUGUUGUAACUAAUACAUUUCGUUUAAUUGACAGGGAUUAAUCAAGUAUAUUUACUCAUAUUUAUUAAUAAGAAACACUAGAAAUUGAAGAAUUAUACUCCAUGUUUCUAAAAAAUGGAUAUCCAAUAAAUAUUAAUUUGUUAAGGGGCUUUUUUGAAAAGGCAGACAAAGAUAAUAACAGUACUUACAUGUCUAAUUAAUAUAGAAUCUAUUGAAUUAGAAGAGUUUAAACAUGUUAUUUAUGAUGAAUAAGCAACAUAAUGUAAUAUAUCUUACUUAUUUAGCAUUUAGAGAAAUGAUGAGGAAAAUGAGAGAAUAAGCAAAAGAAUCCAAUUAUUACUCUACUGACUUUGUUAGAUUAUUGAGAUAUCUUUCUUAUUGUUAAGAUAGAAAUGCUCUGCAAUUCUAAAUCAAUGUAAGUCAUCAUUCAUUACCUAGAAUCAUAGAUUAACAGUGGAAAAGAGAUCAAAACUAUUAUCUUAAUUGAUUUAGCUCAAUCAUCAAUAUAACUAAGAUUAAUAAAUGAGUGAUGAAUAAUUAUAACCUAAACCAUAUAAGAAAUAAACAAAUGAAAGGAAAACACUACCACCUAUACAUUAACAUUAUGUUAGCAAUUCAAAUACAUCUUCCAUGAUACAAUCCUAACUUAAAUUGAAUUUAAGUGAUGUUCACAAGAAUUCAGCCUUAUCCUUGCCAUCUUAUUUAUCCCCUCAAAAUACAGAUAGAAAUAUUAAGUAACCUGCUAUCAAAUAUCAAAGUUAUCUUAGAAUUAACAAUAAAAUAUUUAGUAAUAAUAAAAAAUGA